ACUUUCUCAUUCCCUGUAACACAGAUGUUACUGUUGCUUUCAAAUUUGGCGACGUUGCUUACACGAUAGAUGCGAGAGACCUUGUAUUUGGAUUUAGUGAAGAGCUAGGUCCUAACGAUACGCCACUUUGUUACUCUUCCAUUAUGGCUGUAGGAAAAAAUGGUCCAAAGUUCUGGGUCACUGCCAGAAUACUGGAUAAAUUAUUGGAUUCGUUUCGCUGUCAGGAGACUAGAAUCUACUCCGCAAACGAGUCAAAUAAUCCAAGUGAAAAUUCUUCAUAG